UCAAUAUUACAAAAUGUAGAAUAAGCUGUAAUUAAGUGUACAUAUCCAAGUGUAAAACCUAAUAGAUGCCUUUCUCCUCCCCAACAUGAGCACGCCUUGAUAUGCUCUGCGGAAAUGCCCCCUACCCAUUUCUUGAUACGCUUGGAUGCCUCACUCAACACACCUCCUUAAACCUUGCCGGUGACCAGAACCUCAUUUCUAUCAAAGUUAGUGUUCUCUUUCGUCCUGACAAUGGAUCCUGGGCAGAAGCUGCCUCCGUCGAAUUCUACCUCCCAGGCCAUGAUAGAAUUUCGAUUCCAACUUAUUGGCCUAGGUUUUGGCUUCUAUGCGUCUAUCUUGCUCCUCUUUCACCUCCUGUCUUCAACACUGUCACACGUGUACAACUCCUUGCAAGCUAAACAGAAGUUCUACUGGAACCAUUUAGCUACCCGUUCAGUGUACGGCAUCCAGAGUUUAGUAGCUGGCUUAACAGCACUCACUUGGGAUUCUGAGUUGAGCAGAGACAUCAUGAGGGGACAGGAGAACUGGUCGUGGUUCAUGAUCUUCACCACCACGGGAUACUUUCUCUUUGAGAAUGUAGCAUUUCACACCUACAAUUUGGUGUUUCGGUCAUUUGACCUUGCCCUGGCAAUUCAUCAUUUAUACGCGUUGUCAGCAUUUGUUUGCCUGGCAUUUAUUUCGGAUUCCGGUGGCCAUUAUUUGCCAGUCGUGGCUCUCCUGCUGGAGAUGAGCUCGCCGUUCGUCUGCAUGUCCUGGAUGCUUCAUAAGGUCGGAUGGGGCAAGAGUCAACUUUGGAAAGCCAACCAAUGGGUGUCGAUCCACACCUUCCACAUUCGCAUGGUCAUCACCUACUACAUUUGGUGGGUAUGCUUAAACCAAUGGGCAGCGAUCAACAACAACUUUCGCCUGGUCUUACGCCUCAUCUUCUAUAUUGGCCUGACUCUGCUCACUUUUAUCAUAAAUCCAUUUUGGACCUACAAGAAGACCAUGCAACUGUUCAACUCUCUCGCCUGGAACUUUGACCAUAUGAUGAAACCUGGAAAUAUUACAGAGGAUCAAGCUGACGUUGCUGUCAAACCCCAUGCAAGCUGAGGAGUAGCGAGGAAGUUGCUUGACUCAUUUUAUAAUUGGUUUCCUUACAAUUUAAGUCGACUUAAACUAUUUAAAAAAACAAAA